GCUUUGAGAUACUGCAUGCACGUUGGGCUAUGCUUGCAUCACUUGGUGUUCUGGUUCCAGAAGUAUUAGACAUAUUAGGAGCCUUUCACUUUGUUGAGCCUGUCUGGUGGCGAGUUGGUUAUUCAAAGCUUCAGGGAGAUACUCUCGACUACCUUGGCAUCCCAGGACUCCACUUAGCUGGAGGCCAAGGAGUGAUUGUCAUUGCUAUUUGCCAAGCACUCUUGAUGGUUGGACCAGAAUAUGCAAGAUUUUGUGGGAUUGAGGAGUUGGAGCCUCUUGGCAUUUUCUUGCCAAGUGAUAUCAAUUAUCCAGGAGGAGCACUUUUUGAUCCCUUGAACCUCUCUCAUGAUCCUGUAGCUUUUGAGGAGCUGAAGGUGAAAGAAAUAAAAAAUGGGCGCUUAGCUAUGGUUGCUUGGUUAGGCUUUUACACACAAGCAGCUUUGACUGGUAAGGGUCCUGUACAGAACCUUCUUGAGCACAUAUCAGAUCCCUUCCAUGAUAACCUGCUUACCAUUCUCAAAUCCAUGUAAAGACAUUCUUUUGAUUCUACAUGCAUACAACUCCAAAAGCUUUGUUCCAUCAAGUUCCAAGGUCAUGUAUAUUAAAC